AUGGGACGCUUCGGAAGAAAGUUAGGCACCCACAUUCGUGAUUCAGUUAAACGAAUAUUUGGCCAAAAGACAACAAAGAAUAAAUACGUCGCAGUAUCCCAGAAUGCCUCCGCUGAACAUAAUAGAAAUGAAGUCUGCGGUUCUAAACAAGACAAACGGCAACCGCACUCUAGUAGGCCCCAGAGGCUGGAGUCGCUAAGUGGCAGUGUUUCAACGCUCACAUCAACGGCGGAUCACUAUACCUUUCGGUCUCAGGAACAGGGGUACCUCGUGGAAGAUUUGUCCUCCGUUGAGGGUAGCAAUUCAAUUUCCACUAAAUCCAUCGUAAGAGCAAACUGUGAAGAGGACAAAAAUCAGGCACCCUUAUUUGCAAGUGCAGGUGAUAUCAGCGAGAGGUCUGAUCUAUGCAACGGCAAAGAACAACCCACUAUUAAUAUUCAGACGGAAAAGGAUUCCAAGAGUACAAAACCCGAUAAAAGCCAGAAAGUUAAGGCACCCUGCCUAACUAGACGUUUCGAGCAUGACCUACUCGUGUGUACUGAUGAAAUUGAUGGUUCAAAACUGAUGAAACUGGUACCACGUUCUGCUCGAAGUCAACUCGAAAGUGGAAGUAAUUGCGAAGAUAAUGAAAUGAAGAUCGAACAUCCCGCGGUUUUUAGCCGCUCUAUAACUUCAAACAAAAUAACUGACCGAGGUCUGGGCAAAUCUCACAAUUCCAAGUCCAUACUGAAGAAUCAUCGCAGACUUAAAACUGUGGAAAUGGAAGAAGCAGAACUAGAGCAAGAACGUCUUAUUGGAGGAGUGAAUAAUAGAACUGCCGGUGACGGCAUGAAUGCUUCAAAGGCUUUGUUCGCUUCGCAAAAAUAUCUAAGCCCUGCAGAUCAAAUGAAAAUUAAAACAUUACGGGAGCUAAAUGAGGAAUUUGUCAAUCUUUUGACCAAAAGGUCACCAGAUAGGCACCACCUCCUUAAGAAGUUACACUAUGAACCAUUUUGGAAAGAAAAUGGGACCAUAGAUACUGAUGCCGAGAGAAAGUCCUUGUUUCAAAAGAUUCAGAUCAACCGAUGCUCCGAAAAUAUUUCCCAGAGAAGCAAUCAGGGUGUCCUUCGAGAACUUCAUAACAGCACAACGGACUCCAAUGGCACGUUAAUGGCGCACCUUUCACUUAAUAAACCGCCUAUGAAAUAUGGAGUAACUGCAUCCACGAAGGUAUGUUCUCAUAAGAAACCUGUUGGAUCUAAAUGGUCCAACAAGUGGUGGCCAAACGAGAGUUCAAAAUGCAAUGGCAUCAUUGGUUGUACACAAAUGAACAAAAAAGAUCGAGUGAAGAUUAACGACACAAGACAGUUGUCUGGGCGAAAGGACAAGCUGAAAACCAUCGAGAGCCCCAUGACAACUGUGGUGAUGAGUCAAUCCCACAACUCUUCUUCCGAGGAGGUACAGGAAUUAUCCUCUGAACAGGGUGUUCUGGAAAUAGGACAUUUAAAUGAAAGGCAAAACGACGCGGUGUGUAAACAACUAGUUGCCGAACAAGAACAAAACCAGAGUCUCGCUGAUGAAUCUGAAAGGUCAGAAGAGGUGUGCCAGAGGAGUGCUGGAGGUCCGCUCAACCUCUGUCCCACUGGAAUGCACGAGGUCUACGCAAAAAGUAAAACAUGUGUCUGCAUGCAUGCGGAGACUCUGGCGGUCUUACAGUCCAAACCUGUAAUAAGCGAAUGGCACACCGGUGAACCGGAGACUAUACUCGUUGAUGGAAAUGAGGUCACACCAAGAUCAACCCUCGGACGCAAACCGUCGCUGGGAGAAUUCGAGUUGAUGAAGCCAGUUAGAAUCCGCUCCGGAGGUCAGGGGACAGUUGCAUGGGUGCAGAAUCCGGAGACAUUGAUGCAGUAUGCACUCAAAUUCAAAAUACGUGAUGAUCGUAAUGCAAGUAGUUGGCGCAUCGAAAGGCGAGAGGCCAAAAUUCUGCGGAAUUUACAGUACCCCUUUGUGGUCAAGUAA